AUGUUACUACAAAAUAAGAAAAAUAUUAAAAAUAGCACAAUAUAUUACAAAGAAGAUUACCCACAAAAAGUUUUAGAGAAAAGGAAACAACUACAAUUGGAAUUAAUAAAAUACAAAUCAGAAGGAUUAAAAGCUAUAAUUAAAUAUGACAAAUUAAUCAUUUUGAACCCAAAUAAAUCCGAUAAAAACCAGAACUCACAACAACAUUCAAAAAAAAGAAAUUUGCAUACUUCUCCAAACCAAGAUGGAACAAGCCAUGAAAGCCAAGCUCUAAAGAAAAACAAAAUUACUGCUUUUAUGAGACAAAGAAAAGACUUCGAGAAAUCCCCAAAAAAUGAAGCUCCAACAUCCAGUAUUUAA